AUGAAACUGCCUGACUACAGACGAAUCUGCGAUGGCAGCAUUUCCCGGCUGAACAUUAAAAGCAUCGAGACGCUCACAUUCGCUACUAAGAACGCUGAAAUUACAGCCUCUUUCCUACCUUUCUCUCUGUUAUUCACCAAAUCUCUCUAUAUUGCUCACAAUCAAUAUGUCUCUCUUUCGCUCUCACUGCGGCGUAUUCGUAUCUAUCACGUCUUAUCUGAAUCUGUUUGGGCGUAUUCGUAUCUAUCACGGCUUAAAUAUCUCUUUUUGGGCUUAUUCGUAUCUAUCUCGGCUUAUAUGUAUCUAUUUUGGCGUAACGACAUCUAUCUCGGCUUAUCGUUCAAAUGGCUGUAUCUAUCUGACGCCCUCGUCUUCUUAGUCGUCCAGAAAAUUUCGUGGGGGGGCUCAAUCUUUGUAUCUAUUUCAAAUGGGCUUAUUUGCCGCAUGACGCAUAUCCCAGAAAAUGGCCUUAUUCGUAUCUAUAAGGCUGUUGGAGGCGCACCCAACCUUUCCUACUAA